GUUGCGCACUUGUCAUUCUUGACUUAUUCAUGUCAUUCCAGAUAGACUCCUCUCUUUUCUCCUCCUCACAUAAACCUCCCACUGCUCCUUAGCGCCCGAAAAUGGCGCCCAGAAAGCCUUCCACUACUGCGGAAGUCUCUCUGGUACCGUUGAAGAACUGUCUGGUUAACCUCCCGCCGUCGCUGGUCGCACUGCUGAUCAAUGCCAACACGGCUGCCCAGAAUGUAAUUAUCGAACUUCAAUACCGGCCUAUCGCUGGGAAGGCCAAUGGCAACCCCACGCAUCGCUCAUGCUACUUGGGCUGGACAGGCAUGCCCAGCAAGCGCAAACUUGCUCCAGUUGUUGGGCGAGAUGGUAUCAAUAGUAGCUCCGCUGCUAGAGAGCAGGAUAUCUCUACUGUUGAGUUGGAUACCACCUUCGGUAGAGUCCUCGGUCUGGCAGAUGGACAGAAGGUUGGAAUAUACAUUCAUCUAGACCCGCCAGUAGCUCACACUAUCAAUAUUGAGCCUUUGACACCGGAGGACUGGGAAAUCAUCGAACUCCACGCUACGUUCUUGGAGUUGAACCUUCUAUCGCAAAUCCGGGCUUUGCCAAAUCCCACAUUCAGUACGGCACAGUUAGAACACAUGCACCCUCUUGCACUACACUUGUCACCAACGUCGACUGCGAAUAUCGUUAUCACGUCCAUGACACCCGCACCUCCAAACACCUCGCCAUUUGCGAAAAUAGCACCCGACGCAGAAGUUAUCGUGGCUCCUAAAACUCGGCCCAAGGCCAACAGAGGGUCCCGUGGGGAAAAUCGGAGCGUCGCUGGCAGCAGCCGCAAAAGCGUGGGUGGACGAAGCAGUGGAAGCACAGUACGGCCAAAGAGCAGCCGCUCGGAUCCCACCAGCAGAGGCUCGCUCUUCUUCAGAGGGAUUGAUCGUCAUCUGUCUGAACAAUUCUUCGACGACGAGGCAGAGGAAGAUGCGAACGAUGGUUUCCGAAUCUGGGUAGAUCCUGACAUGCUUGCCACAAAUGAGCUUCGCGGGGCCACCUGGGCCUGCGUUUCUCUGGUCCAACCAUCAGGUCUGAAAGCGCCGCUUGACCCACAGCAACAAAUGGACCAAGCAGAACAAAAGGCAAAUGAGGCUGGAAUACCAGCAACUAAGCUUGUGGCCAAACUGAUUUCCUGGAUCGACGCUCCGGACACUCAGCAUGUUGCCAUUUCUUCCUUGUUAAGUACCGCGCUAGGGGCUGAGGGCUUGGUAGGCGGUAUUAUUCGCGUGGAGGCAGCUCCACCACCGCUGCAAAGGUCAGCUGUGAAGACACUCAAGGUGUAUCCAUUCAUGGCUGAUACGUCGAAGCGAAAGGACGGUCUUAAAUUCGGGUCGGACACCGCAGCAGCAAGAGAUGCAUUGGCUGAGCGCAUCAGACUCAUCCAUGGUGGCUCUGGCUUGAAUGAAGGACUACUAGCGGGGCCAUUGACAGAUGGAAUGAUUCUGCCGAAUGCGGACUAUCAUACGACAGGCACUUCAUUUGACGGCGCUAUUCUUCGUUUCGACCCCCCAUUAAAGGGUAGCUCGGAUACGUCUAAGCCUGGGACGGGAUGGCUCAUUGGCUCCGAAGCCAAACUUUCGCUUGAGGUACAAGCCGAAAUAGCUCGUCCAGCAGAGCCGAGCUCAUCGGCCCACCCCUCGGACGAAUUGAUUCCCUCCACCGCCCCUGAACUCGUUGGGAUCGACAAGGUGAUAUCGCAAGCAUUGGACAACCUGACCAAGUCAUCUUCCGUCCUACUCACUGGUAGCCUCGGGUCUGGCAAGACAUCAUUGAGCCAUCUUUUGGCCCACCGUGUGCGCACGGAGUACUUGUUCAACGUGAAAUAUUUCUCCUGCCGGAAGCUUGUAACAGAUGAAACCCGCAUCUCCAACAUCAAGGAAACGCUAAACCGUCUCUUCAUGUCUGCUUCUUGGUGCGCUCGGCUCGGAGGACAGUCUUUGGUAAUCCUGGAUGAUCUUGAUAAACUGUGUCCGGUGGAAACGGAAUUGCAGGUAGGGGGUGACAAUGGUCGCAGCCGACAAAAUAGCGAAGUGAUAUGCUCCAUGGUCCGCGAAUACUGUUCUAUGAAUUCUUCUGUGGUACUGUUGGCAACCGCCCAGUCGAAGGAAUCUCUGAACAACGUCAUCAUCGGAGGUCAUGUGGUCCGGGAGAUUAUUCAUCUAAGGGCCCCUGACAAAGAAGGUCGGCGCAGGGUGCUCGAGCAGCUUACGAUGCAAGACAGAGACUCUUUCCCUCAUACAAACGGCCAUGCACGGAAUGCCAGCACCUCCACCCACGAUUCGUGGCUCGAUCCCUCUACUUCUGGAAGUCGGCCAAGCUCUGCUGGAGCGGAUGGCUUUGUGCUUGGACGGGAUGUCGACUUCUUAGAAUUGGCUGGCAAAACUGACGGGUAUAUGCCUGGCGAUCUGGUUUUGCUACUGUCUCGCGCUCGUAACGAGGCUCUUAUACGAUCUGUCCAAGAUUCUCUAUCUUCGUCAAAGUCGAUCGCCCUGGGUGCUGAUGACUUCGAGAAUGCGAUCAAGGGCUUUACCCCUGCCGCGUUGCGCAAUGUGACGCUCACUUCAUCUACUACAACAUUUUCCGCCAUCGGUGGCUUAACAGAGACUCGAAAAAUGCUGCUGGAGACGCUUCAGUAUCCUACUAAGUAUGCGCCUAUCUUCGCCCAGUGUCCUCUGCGUCUAAGAUCGGGUCUGCUGCUUUACGGAUAUCCAGGUUGCGGCAAGACACUUCUUGCAAGCGCGGUUGCAGGCGAAUGUGGUCUCAACUUUAUCAGUGUGAAAGGUCCUGAGAUCCUCAACAAAUACAUCGGUGCCAGUGAAAAGAGUGUUCGAGAUCUCUUCGAACGAGCGCAGGCUGCCCGGCCUUGUAUCCUCUUCUUUGAUGAGUUCGACAGUAUCGCCCCCAAGCGUGGCCACGACUCCACAGGAGUCACUGACCGUGUCGUCAACCAGCUUCUCACACAGAUGGAUGGUGCAGAAGGCCUAUCGGGGGUGUAUGUUCUCGCGGCCACUUCCCGACCCGACUUGAUCGAUCCAGCCUUGCUACGUCCGGGCCGUCUCGACAAGUCCCUGAUUUGCGAUAUGCCCAACCACCCGGAUCGACUUGACAUCAUUCGGGCCGUGAGCAAGAAGCUCAACAUGAGCGAAGAGGUCAUUGCGCGACUCGGCGAGGUGGCAACCCGCACUGAAGGUUUCUCCGGGGCCGACUUGCAGGCCGUCGUCUACAACGCCCACCUCGAGGCCGUUCACGACGCUUUGGGCGAUCGCUCGGCAAAUGAUACGCAUGCAACGAAGAAUGGCACCUCCAAACCAUCCUCGACGAGUGCCAGCGGCACCACCAGCAAGUCAUUCAUUCAAUUUCUCUAUUCUGCAUCUGAGCAACACGCGGGCUCUGUCUCAAUGCCUCCACCUGCUGUUGUCGCUUCCAAACUAGAAGCGAUGAAGAGCGCUCGGCGUCGUCAACGGCAGCAGGAUCAGGGGACGGUCAGCGCACCGGCGCGUAUUCCCAACGGGUCAGCGCAGGAAGAACCUCGUGAGGAGAUUAUCGUGCGAUGGGAGCACAUGGAGCGAUCACUAAACACGACGCGCAGCUCCCUAAGCGAUGCCGAACGGAGACGCUUGGAGGCUAUUUAUCGCGAAUUUAUAUUUGGGCGGAAUGGAGAAAUGCCCACUGGCGAGGGUGGACGAGAGAUUGGAGGGCGGACCAGCUUGAUGUGAUGGCAGUUUUGUCGUCAUAGAAGCUGUGAAGGAGUAUCAUGUAUAUCACUUCUAGUUCAAUGUAUAUACGAAGAAAUAUCUAUCAAGUCUACUGUAUCUUACCUCCACGCCACCAUC